AUGCCCAGGGCCCCGAGGAAGCACUCCAAGACCUACAAGGUCCCGCGUCGCCCGUUUGAGGCGCCGCGUCUCGACAUGGAGCUCAAGCUCGCGGGCGAGUACGGUCUCCGCAACAAGCGUGAGAUCUGGCGCAUUGCCCUCAUUCUGUCCAAGAUUCGUCGUGCGGCCCGUGAGCUGCUGAAGCUCGACGACAAGGACCCGAAGCGUCUUUUCGAGGGUAACGCGCUCAUUCGCCGUCUCGUGCGCAUCGGUGUGCUCGACGAGACCCGCAUGCGUCUCGAUUACGUGCUGGCCCUCAAGAUCGAGGACUUCUUGGAGCGCCGCCUCCAGACCCAAGUCUUCAAGUCCGGCCUUGCCAAGUCGAUCCAUCAUGCCCGCGUUCUCAUCCGCCAGAGGCACAUCCGCGUCGGCAAGCAGAUCGUCAACGUCCCCUCGUUCGUCGUCCGCCUCGACUCUCAAAAGCACAUCGACUUUGCCCUCAACUCGCCCUACGGUGGUGGCCGCCCCGGUCGCGUCAAGCGCAAGCGUGCCGCCGCUGCCGCCAAGAAGGAGGAGGGUGGCGACGAGGACGAGGACGACGAGUAA